AUGACACCUCUGUACUUUUCUCUGUCUAGAACAUGGUUAUUCUCCGUUGUGAUUGCAAGCCUUCUCCACAUAUGCCAAGCAAUUCAACCCCAGCAACCGCUCAACGCCGUCAUCGAUGCUCCUGCUAAGCGGGUUGCAAUUAUCGGAGCCGGUGCUGGUGGCUCGUUUGCCGCGUAUGAGCUUCGAAAGCUCGCCGACGAGACUGGGAUAGCGCUCAACAUCACUGUUUUUGAGCGUGAAUCGUACAUUGGUGGACGCUCCACCACAGUCAACGUGUUUGACGAUGCGAAGCAUCCCAUUGAGCUGGGAGCUUCCAUCUUUGUCCAGGUAAAUCACAAUUUGGUCAACGCCACACGGGAUCUAGGUCUGUCGAUGAACACCGCGAACUACAAACGUCCCCGAGAGGCCGCAGACUCAAUCGGUAUCUGGGACGGUAAGCAGUUUGUGUUCACUUUGAAAGACUCGUACAGUUGGUGGAAUCUCGGCCGGCUUUUCUGGCGAUACGGGCUGGCGCCUCUGCGAACGCAGAAUCUCAUGAAGAAGAUUGUGGGCAAGUUUCUCCGUCUAUACGAAGAACCUUUUUUCCCAUUUCGGUCGCUGUCAGAAGCCACCGCGCUGGUGGAGCUUCUAGAGGCCACUUCAAGUACCGGAGAUGAGUUUUUGAGCAAGAAUCAAAUCUCUUCUCAGUUCGCUCGGGAGAUUAUCCAAGCCAGCACCCGAGUCAACUACGGUCAGAAUCUGCCAUUGAUGCACGGCUUGGAGACUAUGGUCUGCAUGGCGACAGAUGGUGCUGUUUCCAUUGACGGGGGAAAUUGGCGAAUCUUUGACGGCGCGAUCAAGGCCGCAAGGGCUGAUUGUAAGCUGAACACAACCGUAACGGGGAUUACUCGAAAUGAAGAUGGCACCACUCGUGUCAUCGCGCGCCAGGCCAAUGGCCUUGGCUCUGUGGGAUCCGUUGAGGAGAUGGACUUUGACGAGCUCAUCAUUGCCGGACCAUUACAGUAUUCUGGCAUCUCCAUCACUCCACCGCUGGAGCACGUUCCUGAUGAGAUUCCCUACGUCAAUCUGUAUGUCACCUUGUUUGCAUCACCUCACCGACUUUCUCCCAAGCGCUUUGGGCUUGUAGGAGAAAAUGAGGUUGCGCCGGAAACAAUCCUCACCACUCUUCCAGAAGGAGUGGAUCUUGGGCAAAACCCGCAUGGUGUUGGUCCCGCUCAAUUCUGGAGCAUCAGCACUCUCCAAACGGUGGAACAUACAAAGAUUGUGGAUGGAAACGAAGUGACAGAGUUACAUUAUGUGUACAAAAUCUUCUCACCCGAGCGUCCCACGGCCGAGUUUAUUGCAGAAGUGCUCGGUAUCGACAACCCAACAAGCACUAGCCUGCCGAACGGUUCCAAUGCAAACACUACCAUUGGUGAUCUGCCCAGCUCAGAAAUCAGCUGGUUCCAUGAGAAAUUUUGGAACCCGUACCCUCUUUUGUACCCAAGGGUAACCUUUGAAGAAAUCAACCUUGCCCCCGGGCUCUGGUAUACAAGCGGCAUUGAGAGCUUCAUCUCUACCAUGGAGACCAGUGCUUUGAUGGGCCGAAACGUUGCGAGACUGAUUGCCAAUUCUUGGAAGGAGCAUGCUAGCUCUUCAUAA